AUGACCUACGCGCUCCACGGCCUUUCCGACCAACGGCCCCGGAUGGGCAGCGAAGACUCGUGGACGCCAGAGGCAUCUUCGACCGUGUCUGAAGACGACCAUGCCAGCGCAUUGAAACCAGAGGGGACGGGCGCGCACACAGACAAGAGUCGAAGCACAACCGCCGUGUCCUCAGACGGAGGCAGCAUCGAUGUCGCAUACGCGGGCGCGUUCGAAAAGAACAAUGCCAGGCGGAAGAGCGUGCAGGUCGUCAUUGAGAAGUCAGGGAAGAAAGGACGCUACAUUCUGACGGCGGACGACCCAGAGUUCCGUGAGAUAAUAAAGUCGGGCAUCGAACGGGAGGCGGAGAAGCUCAGCGGAAAGAGUCGGAACCGGAUACGCGACCUGGUCUUCACGCGUCAGUUCACUACCUUCGACCGCCAGAAUCCGCGUGGCUCCCAGUCGCCCUUCCAUGGCUUCUUCACCCUGUUCUGGCUGGCAAUGGCCCUGUCAGUCGUCAAGAUUGCCGCGCAAAACUACAAGAGCUUUGGAUCCGUGUUUGGCAGAGCCGAAAUUCUGCACUUGAUGGUGGAUAGGGACCUUGUUGUGAUGCUUGCAACUGAUGGGUUGAUGUGCCUGUCCACCGUGCUGUGCCUGUAUCUCCAAAAGGUCAUCGCAAAGGAAUAUCUCAACUGGGACCGGUCUGGGUGGAUCAUUCAAUCGCUUUGGGAGAUCUUUUUCACCGUCACCGUCAUCUGGGUCAGCUUCUAUCGCGAAUGGUCGUGGACGCACACCGUGUUCAUUGUCAUGCACGACUUCGUGCUGCUGAUGAAGCAGCAUUCAUACGCCUUCUACAAUGGCUACUUGUCUCGCGUAUCGCGCCGUCGAAAACUCCUGCAACAAAAGCUAGAGCAACUUGAAGACCUGAAAGCCCAGGACAGCUCUGUGCCGACAUCACCAGUGGGACAAACAACGUCAACAGCCAACCUAGUCGAACUGGGUCACGAAGGCCUUACUCAUCGUCGGCGAAGCUUUGGACCCAAAUACUCCACCAAUCUUCACAAAGAACAUUCGGAAAUCGCAUCAAUGGCGAAGGCAAUUGAAGCAGGCGAGCCCCUCGACGCGGAGCAAAUCGAAGCUUUCCACCGCGUCCUCACUACCGAGAUAACAAUUCUGGAAGAGGAAUUGCGCGGCAAAUGCACAACCACCGGGAAGUGCUACCCGAAGAACCUCACCUUCUACAACUUCGCAGAAUGGACCUGCCUCCCCACGCUCGUCUACGAGCUUGAGUACCCCCGCCUCGAGCGCAUAAACUGGUGGUAUGUCGCCGAGAAGUCGGCCGCUACCCUGGGGGUAAUCUGGAUCAUGAUCAUCAUCUCGCAAGCGUACCUCUACCCCGUCGUCAUCGAGAUCGUGCACCAAAAGGAAGCCGGCAUGUCGCUCGAGCAGCGUUGGAGAGAGUUCCCCUGGGCCGUCUUCGACAUGCUAUUCCCGCUCCUGCUCGAGCAGCUGCUGGCGUGGUACGUCAUCUGGGAAUGCCUGCUCAACGUGCUCGCCGAAGUGACAAAGUUUGCCGACCGCGGCUUCUACGGGGACUGGUGGAAUAGCGUUAGCUGGGACCAGUACGCACGGGACUGGAAUCGCCCCGUGCAUAGCUUCCUCCUGCGCCACGUGUAUCACUCGUCCAUCUCCGCGUUCCACCUCACUAAGAUGCAGGCAACGUUUGGGACUUUCCUGCUCAGCGCGAUCGUGCAUGAGGUGCUCAUGUUCUGCCUGUUCAAAAAGGUUAGGGGCUAUCUGUUUGCGCUCCAGUUGAGUCAAAUUCCGUUGGCGGCGAUGAGCCGGACGAAGUUGAUGCGCGGGAAGGAUACGCUGGGGAACGUGAUCUUUUGGUUUGGUUUGUUCAUUGGGCCAAGUUUGAUUACGAGCUUGUAUUUGAUAGUGUAG